CGGCUCCGCGGGCUUCGGUCGCUCCCGCCCCCGCAGCGCCUCCGGCGGCCGCAGCCGCGCACCUCCGCCGGCCCGAAGAAGCGGAGGUCAUGUCUUACAGCUUUUCAGAUCUGAGGGUCCAGAGGAGGAAAUGACUGUUCAGGGAUCUUGCUCCAAAUCAAUUACGGAAACUGAACCUUCAUAGGGUGUGGAUUUACUGAGGACAGGAAAGUUUCUCUCUUUGAAGGGCUUUAAAUUUGUAACAAAGAAAAUAAAAAUGACGACUUCGUCUAUAAGACGGCAGAUGAAAAACAUUGUGAACAAUUACUCAGAGGCCGAAAUCAAAGUCCGGGAAGCCACCUCCAAUGACCCAUGGGGCCCAUCCAGCUCUCUGAUGACUGAGAUCGCCGACCUGACCUACAACGUGGUGGCCUUCUCUGAGAUCAUGAGCAUGGUGUGGAAGCGGCUCAACGACCACGGCAAAAACUGGCGGCACGUGUACAAGGCGUUGACGCUGCUGGACUACCUCAUCAAGACAGGCUCCGAGCGGGUGGCCCAGCAGUGCCGUGAGAACAUCUUCGCCAUCCAGACCCUGAAGGACUUCCAGUACAUCGACCGUGAUGGCAAGGACCAGGGCAUCAACGUGCGUGAGAAGUCAAAGCAGCUGGUGGCCCUCCUUAAGGAUGAGGAGCGGCUGAAGGCUGAGAGGGCUCAGGCUCUCAAAACCAAAGAGCGCAUGGCCCAGGUGGCCACUGGCAUGGGCAGCAACCAGGUCACCUUUGGCCGUGGCUCGAGCCAGCCCAACCUCUCCACCAGCUACUCAGAGCAGGAGUAUGGCAAAGCAGGGGGGUCACCGGCCUCCUACCAUGGCUCGCCUGAGGCCUCGCUGUGCCCCCAGCACCGCACAGGGGCCCCGCUGGGUCAGAGUGAGGAGCUGCAGCCGCUGAGCCAGCGCCACCCCUUCCUGCCGCACCUGGGGCUAGCCUCCCGCCCAAAUGGUGACUGGUCCCAGCCCUGCCUCACUUGUGACCGUGCAGCCCGAGCUACCUCUCCGCGUGUGUCCUCUGAGCUGGAGCAAGCCCGGCCCCAGACUAGCGGAGAAGAGGAGCUUCAGCUGCAGCUGGCACUUGCCAUGAGCAGAGAAGUGGCCGAGCAGGAAGAACGCCUCAGGCGGGGUGAUGACCUCAGAUUACAGAUGGCCCUCGAAGAAAGCCGAAGAGACACAGUUAAAGUUCCAAAAAAGAAAGAGCACGGCUCCCACCCACAGCAGACCACUCUCUUGGAUUUAAUGGAUGCUCUCCCCAGCUCAGGCCCUGCUGCCCAGAAAGCGGAGCCCUGGGGCCCAUCAGCCUCUGCUAACCAGACCAACCCCUGGGGCGGGCCAGCGGCUCCUGCGAACACUUUGGACCCCUGGCCGUCAUUUGGUGCCAAGCCAGCUGCCUCUGUCGACCCAUGGGGAGUACCCACCGGAGCCAGCACACACUCUGUCCCCAAGAGCCCAGACCCCUGGGCAGCUUUGCAGCAGCCUGCCCCCAGUACUGGGAAAACUACUUCUGAUGCCUGGGGCACUGCCUCAGCCGCCAAGCCCAUGUCUGCCUCUGGGUCCUUUGAUCUCUUCAGCAAUUUGAAUGGUACAAUUAAAGAUGACUUUUCUGAAUUUGACAACCUCCGAACUUCAAAAAAAACAGCCGAGUCCGUGGCCUCUGUGCCAUCCCAAAACAAUGGAACUGCAAGCCCUGACCCCUUUGAGUCUCAACCCCCGACUGUCGCCUCGAGCAAGCCCAGCAGUGCCCGGAAAACACCCGAGUCCUUCCUGGGCCCCAACGCGGCCCUGGUGAACCUGGACUCGCUGGUGACCAGGCCCGCCCCGCCGGCCCAGUCCCUCAACCCUUUCCUGGCACCAGGUGCAGCUGCUGCCCCAGCCCCCAUCAACCCCUUCCAGGUGAACCAGCCCCAGCCGCUGACGCUGAACCAGCUGCGGGGGAGCCCAGUCCCAGGGACCAGCACGUCCUUCGGGCCUGGUCCAAGUGUGGAGCCCAUGGCCACGGCCCCCAUGACCUCUGCAGCCUCACUCCCAGCUAUGGGGGCCAGUGGUUCUUCUUUGACACCACUGGGCCCUGCAACGAUGAACAUGGUGGGCAGCGUGGGCAUCCCCCCAUCGGCAGCUCAGGCCACCAGCACAACCAACCCUUUCCUUCUCUAGUGCCCUGGGCCUGGGACCCGCCCCAGCGUGAACACCCAGAGCGGACACCAAGCAGGGACCGUGGGGGUGGGGGUGUUAGGGCUUUCAAGUUCCAGCUUCCUGAUAAAAGGGUUGUCUUUAUGGCCCCGAGCCUCAGAAUGGAGCGGCCCACAGGGUGUCCUCACCCCCUGAAGCAGGCGUGCUUUCUUGUCCCCAGCCUGGCCUGCCCUCACACCUCCUCCCAUCUGCUCAGGUCCUGACAGGGCUCCUCUGAGGUCUGGAAUGAGGAGGCGUGAUCUCCAGUGCUGCCCUUGCUCCCAUCUCAGCCCAAGGGUGCCUGGGACAUUGCCUAGCCCAGGACCUGGGAUGGUCGGUCGUCUGGUCUUUGCACCCCACCCCCCAGCCCUAAGUACACCCAGGUGGUCCCAGGUGUGGAUGGGAUGAAGGGCCAGCUCCAUCAGACACCUUUUGGGGAAGUGGUUGUGUAUAUUUUAUUUUUCUUUGGCUCGUUGUGUGAGUUCAAAGCAAACACCACCACCGUGGACAACUCUUGAAUUAAAUCCACUAGAGCAAGCUUUAAAACUAAUCUGAGCAUAACCCUACCACGUGGCUCUAUGCUUGUAUACGUUUGCACAUAUUUUGUUUAGUACAGUUUCAUAUUUGAGUUUGCAGAAUUAUCUAAUAGUCUUUUUUUGGCUAAUAUUUUUAUAACGUGGUUCUUAUUUAACUGUCUAGUUUUGAUAGAAUUUACCAGGUCUGGCUGAAUUAAGAUAUUGGCACAUGUCAUUCUAGUGGUUUAAAUCCUCUUAUUUAUGGUUUUUACUCUGUUAGAGAAUUUAAAAAGGAAGAGAUGUUUGGAUGAAAAAAAUGCCUUAUGGAAAAACUAAAGCAAAUUCUUUAUAGGAUAAAAUAUGGGAAUUUGGUUACACAUAAAAGAUGAUGUUUAUUUAAAAAAAACAAACUACAGUACAACAAAACCCCAAGCCCCUGGCUGCCUUUCCUUUCUCUAACUCCCUUUUUUGGUGAAUUACUAAACUGAUUGACUUUCAGCCUUUUUGGCUAGAUCCUGAGAGAGGCUGUUUUUCUUACUGAUAUACCAACAUCUUGAAAGUUAAAAAAAUCUAACGUAUGAAUGUGACUCACCAGUUUUUAUCAAUUAAUUCCUUUUUAAAAUUAAAGGCAUGCAGGGAUUAAGGACUUCUGCUUAGAGUGGAAAUCUGAAAUGCAAGAAUCUUUAACCUUGUGUAUCUGUGCUCUCUCCUCUGUCUUAAUCCACGCUCAGGUUAAAGAUGGGGUAAUGUGGAAAUGGCAGUAGUCCCAGGGGUUGGUGCCCACAGGUCCCUGGGGAUGGUCCCCAGAUGAGAUGGGGGUGUGGGACCAGGGCUGGCCCUGAUCCACCUACCUGCUAACCCCAGACACAUGUUGCAGACUUAAAAAUAAUCCUCUUUUUUUGGAGAAAAAUAUUCUCACACGGGAUAGAUUUUUAACAAACGUGCACUAAUAUUACCUCCCUCUCCCAACCUCCUGCUGUCCUCACCCCACCCACCACUAUAAAAAGUAUUAAGUCAAAUUAAAAGAACAGACUUGCUUGUCCCCAGGGGUGGGCACCUCACCUCCAGAUCCAAGGGCAGCUGACCGCCUGCUUGCCCCUGUCUGGUUCCAGAAGGAGCUCUGACCCUUAGCACUGGCACUGGAGAGAUUAGAAUGGUCUCUGGGCUGCUGAGAGGAUGUACAGGCUCUAAGGGAGGACUGCCCAUUCAAACAUGCUGUCCUGAGGCCCCCGGAGCCACGUUCCCCAAGUCCUUGACCACCCACCCUCUGCCAGAACCAAGACCUGGUGCUGGGCCUCAGGGCUCCUGAUGCCAUUCAGGAAGGCUGGUGGUUGGGCCCUUCCUGCCUGGGGGAAGUGUGGGGGGCACGGUGGGAUGCAGGGUGCUUGUCCAGGAAGGUGCUUUCCCUCAAAUGGUGCAGGGCCUGGGCCAGCCUUACAGGUCAGUAGACCGUCCUCAACUACUUGGGGUCAGUGAUUCUUUUUUAACAGAUAAGAGCCCUCCUGACAAGACUUUGAGGCCCCAACGUGACAGCCACUGGGCCAGCAGAGCCCAAGAAAGCAGCCUAUGCCUCGCCUCCCGGCAUAGCCAUUCUGAGUGCACGUUGUCCCUGUUGCCCGCUGCACUGAUCCUGAAACCACCGGCCGUGCCAUGCGUGUUGCCAUGGGCCAAUGUGCUCCCUCCUGAUGGCCCCGUGGUGGCGGAAGUCAUCCAGCCGUUAAUCAGUCCCAGGGGCCGGUGGCUGGUUUUGAACUUGUGUUGACU